UAUCUCUCUCUGAGAUAUAAAUAACAGCCCAUCCGGAACCUCCGGCUUCACCACUUCUCGCUUCUCUUCUCUGUACCAUUUCCUCUGCUCCCAAGGAGUGCACUAUCUUCACAUUUCCGAGGCGCUACAAUGGCCCACGAUAGCCAACUUCCGGUCGACGGAGACGGCUUCUGCAUGCGAUGCAAGGCGACGCCGGCGGAGGCGGAGACGCUAACCUGCACUACCUGCGCCACUCCUUGGCACCUGGCCUGCCUAGGCGUGCUGUCUCAGAGCAUGGAAUUAACCGGUGAGUUCAAAUGCCCCGACUGCACAGAAAUCGGGACCAGCGGACCUCCGGCGCGGGCUCCGGCCGAAGGAAAUAGCCUGGUGGAUAGGAUUCUGGCCAUCGAGGCCGACCAGUCGCUGACGGAGCGGGAAAAGGCUAGGAAGAGACAAGAUCUGCUUAGCGGUAAAGCUGAACAGAAUGAAAAUGAAAAUGUAGAGGAAAACGAAGGCAAGUCCGAUGUGUUGUCUGUGCUGGGAGAAAGCUUCCAAUGCUCCUUCUGUAUGCAGCUUCCUGAUAGGCCGGUUUCGACACCUUGUGGGCACAAUUUUUGUUUGAAGUGCUUCCAGAAAUGGAUUGGCCAAGGAAAAAGAACUUGUAUAAAAUGCCGCCGCAAAUUUCCUACUGAGAUGGUGAGCCAGCCACGUAUCAACUCCACCCUUGUAGCUGCCAUAAGGAUGGCUAAAGUUUCAAGAACUAUUGCUACAGGAGUUCCUAAGACAGUCUACCAUUAUAUGUGUAACCAAGAUCGCCCAGAUAACGCUUUUACCACGGAUAGGGCAAAGAAAACCGGGAUGGCAAAUGCUUGCACUGGGAGGACACUUGUCACAGUCCCUAAAGAUCAUUUUGGGCCUAUUCCAGCUGAGAAUGAUCCGGAAAGAAAUCAAGGUGUCCUAGUGGGAGAAUCAUGGAAAUUUCGUGUGGAGUGCUCCCAGUGGGGUGUGCAUCGUCCCCAUGUUGCUGGAAUUGCUGGGCAAUCAAAGCAUGGCGCACAAUCAGUUGUCCUAUCCGGUGGCUACGAAGACGAUGAAGAUCACGGAGAAUGGUUUCUGUACACUGGAAGUGGAGGGAGAGAUCUAAGUGGCAACAAGCGAACGAACAAGGAUCAGUCAUUUGAUCAGACUUUUGAGAGCUCUAAUCAAGCCUUGCUAGUUAGCUGUCAGAAAGGAUAUCCAGUCCGUGUUGUGAGAUCUGAGAAGGAGAAGCGUUCCUCUUAUGCUCCAGACCAAUAUUUGCGGUAUGAUGGGGUCUACAGGAUUGAGAAGUGCUGGAGAAAAAUAGGCAAGCAGGGUUUUAAGAUGUGCAGAUACUUGUUUGUUAGAUGUGAUAAUGAACCGGCACCUUGGACAAGUGAUGAUCAUGGAGAUUUCCCAAGGCCUUUACCGGUCAUUCCUGAGCUUGAAAGUGCAGUCGAUGUUUUUGAGAGGUCAGAAAGUCCAUCAUGGGACUAUAAUGAGGUGGAAAAACGUUGGGGAUGGAAAAGGGCACCACCUUCUAGCAAUCAGAAACAAGUAGUUGAAAGCAACCCCGUGGACAGAAAAAGAGCAAGGAAGGCAAUAAAGAGAGCACAGCAUGAAUCAUUCAAAGAAAAACUUUUGAAAGGAUUCAGCUGCCUGCUUUGUGGCAAUGUAUUGAAUGUACCACUUACGACACCCUGUGCUCACAACUUCUGCAAGACUUGUCUAGAGGGGGCAUUUAAAGGCCAAACAUUCACAAAAGAGAGGGGAUGCCAAAAUGGAAGAAAGCUACGCUCCCAGAAGAAUGUCAUGAAAUGCCCUGUUUGCCCUCUAGACAUUUCUGAGUUUCUACAGAAUCCCGAGGUAAAUAGAGAUCUUAUGGAUGCUAUAGAGAAACUUCAGAGCUCUUCUGCUUUUGAGGAUAACUGUGACACAGAUUCUUCUUCUGACGAGGGUGAUGCCAGUGCGACCGAUAAGACGUCAACUGCUGGUGCUGAAGAAGUGCUCACUAAUGCUUUAAAGAAGGAUGAGACUGGCAGUAAGCAGAAGACAAAGGAAGCUCUUAAGAAACGAAAAACAGAUGUUGAAGGUGUUUCUAUCGGUUCUGAUUGUGAUGCUUCAGAUAACAUGAUGAAUGGCCAGGCGGCGGCGGCGGCGGCUUGUGACGGCAAAAUCUUGCAAGAGAAAUAGGGAACUGUGGUUGCGAUUAACCUAUUUGCUAGGCGUAAUUUCAACAUCAAUUAGAUGAGGGGGGACUCCUUCAAUCUAAACCUAGGUAAUGUUUUUUUUACGGACGUGCUCUGCGCACCCCAACUUUUGCUAUUCGCACCCACAAUUCAGCUUAAAUGGACUAAUUUGUCCUUUUGAUUUUUUUUUCUCGUUUCCCAGCCCACCCAUACUAAUUUUUAUCCAAUGUGACCAACCCAGUAACCUUGACCGCAUAGGCGCAUAAGUGGUACUCCAGUAGUCCGUACUUCGUAGGAAAAAUUGGAAACAAUAAUCUCAACUAUGACUGAUCCACUAAAAAUAAUUCCAACUAUUGAUUAUUUUUGUAUAAUCCCAAUUAUAUAUACUAUCCGCCAAUAAUAGUCCAUGAUCAUAUAUUACUUCUAUAAAAAGUGAAUUUUAAAUAGAAAUUAAGCGUAAAAAUUAAAAGUUGAGAUUAUUUAUAGUGAUUACUUGUUAUAUCUCAUCUCAUCCACUUUAGAAACUACAAGAAUUUAUUCAUAGGGACCAUUAUUGGCGGAAGGUCCCUAAAGUUGGGAUUAUUCUGUAAUAAUCAAUAGUUGGGAUUAUUAUGAGCAGAUCGCCAAUAAUUGGGAUUAUUACUAUCAAUUUUUCCUAAUAUUAAACUAGUGAUCCUAUCAUUUUUCUUCAAAUUAUAGCUAGCAGGUUUUGCUAGCAAGGGCUUCUCAACUACGAUAAAGUAAUUAUAUUGUACGAGUAUUACUUCUU